GUACCUCACCAACCAACAAACCUCAACAUGGCGGCCGAGCAAGUGGCCGACACCGUCAAGGAUGCUGUCAACAAUGUGGCAGAGAAGGUGUCGCAACUCACGACAUCCGAGCCGGCCCCGAACCUCGUACUGGACGAAGUGACCGGCGAGAAGGUCUCCAAGUCGGAGUUCAAGAAAAGGCAGAAGCAGCGCGAGAAGGAUGUGAAGAAGGCGGAGAAGGAGGCUACCAGACAACCACCGCCACAAGCCAAGCGUAAGGCUGGCAGCGCCGAGGAGGAUGAGGCCAAACUGAACCCGAAUCAAUACUUCGAGAUCCGCUCUCGCGCGGUCAAGCGCAUGAAGGAGACGAACAGCCCAAACCCCUACCCGCACAAGUUCCAUGUUACGUAUGACCUGGCGAACUUCGAGAAGGAGUUCGGACACCUCAAGAAGGGCGAAUUUAUCAAGGAGAAGGUGAUGAGCAUCGGAUGCCGGAUCUACAACAUUCGCGUUGCUGGAGACAAUCUUCGUUUCUACGAGGUCUCGGUCAAUGGCGCAGAAAUUCAAAUCAUGGCUCAGAACUUCGAAAACACAAGUGAGGUCCCGUUCGCCGAUCAGCACGAGAUCCUGAGAAGAGGAGACAUCAUCGGAGUUACUGGCUACCCAGGACGGACGAACCCGAAGAGAGAGGACAACCCAGGUGAGCUGUCCAUUUUCGCUCAGAACGUGGUUCUGCUCGCACCUUGCCUACACCAGAUUCCCUCCGAGCACUAUGGUUUCAAGGACUUGGAGGAGCGAUACCGCAAUCGUCACUUGGAUUUGAUCAUGAAUAAGAGCACUGUCCAGACGUUCAAGGCACGGUCGAACAUUGUCAAAUUCAUCCGCAACUACUUUGACAACAAUGGUUUCUACGAGGUGGAGACUCCUAUCCUGCUCAAGUCGGCUGGUGGUGCCACCGCGGAGCCCUUCUACACCGAGCACAACGACUUGAAGAUGACUUUGGCUCUUCGAAUCGCCACUGAGCUGCCGCUCAAGCAACUUGUUAUUGGAGGCAUUCACAAGGUAUACGAGAUUGGCAGGCAGUUCCGCAACGAAGGCAUCGAUCUCACGCACAACCCCGAAUUCACUACCUGCGAGUACUACGAGGCGUUUGCUGAUGUCUACGACGUCAUGGACCGUACUGAGGAGCUUGUGGAGGCCAUGGUCACGGAGGUCACUGGCGGUCUGCAGACUAAAUUCACCACUCAGACUGGCGAGGUCUACGAUGUCAACUGGGCCAAGCCAUGGAAGCGUGUGGAGAUGAUGCCCGCAUUGGAGGAGGCCUGCGGAGAGAAGUUCCCACCGGGCGACCAGCUGCACACUGACGAGACCAACCAAUUCUUGCGCCGCAUCUUGAAGAAGGUCAACGUGGAGUGCACACCCCCUUUAACGAACGCUCGCAUGAUUGACAAGCUCGUCGGCGAGUUCAUCGAGGAGAAGUGCAUCAACCCGACCUUCAUCACAGGUCACCCGCAGAUGAUGAGUCCCCUGGCCAAGUACCACCGCACAAACACCGGUCUGUGCGAGCGGUUCGAGGCUUUCGUCUGCAAGAAGGAGAUUGUUAACGCUUACACUGAGUUGAACGAUCCAUUCGAUCAGCGUCUGCGCUUCGAAGAGCAGGCAAGACAGAAGGCGCAAGGUGAUGCGGAGGCGCAACCGCUGGAUCAGGGCUUCUUGACCGCGAUGGAAUACGGCCUCCCACCUACUGGUGGAUGGGGAAUGGGCAUUGACCGCAUGACCAUGUUCUUGACCAACAACUACAGCAUCAAGGAAGUGUUGACCUUUCCGUUCAUGAAGGAUCAGGAUCUUGCGCCGAAGCCCAAGGCUGCUGAAGUUACUGGUGUUGAGCCGAUGCCUGAAGAGGGCAUUCGACGGCAAAAGGCAUGA